AUGCAGCGUAAGAACCAGGUUUUCCUCGCUCGCCUCUGUAGUCAGGCUGAGCGCUAUGAUGACAUGGUCCCCCUUCUGAAGGAAGUCAUCCAGAGGGGUGGUGAGCUGAGUGUCGAUGAGCGGAACCUUCUCACUACUGCUUUUAAUAACGUUUUCGACACCCGUCGUGCCAGCUGGCGCAUUAUCUCCUCGGUCGAGAAAAAUGAGUACAAAGGCAGUGAGAAGCAUCUUGCUACCAUCCGUGGAUACCGCAUUAAGAUUGAGAAUGAGAUCGAAAAGAUCUGUCGGGACGUCUUGGAUCUGCUAGACCAGAGCCUGAUCCCAAAUGCCAGUACUAGCGAGUCAAUGGCAUUAUAUUACAAGAUGAAGGGUGACUAUAGCCGUUAUCUGACCGAGUUCGUGUCAGGUGAGAAGCAUAAUCUUGCAGUUACCUCUGCGUAUAAUGCCUACAAGGCCGAGCUCGAUGCCCUAACCAAGGAGCCUGAUGGCGACAGCAUCCUUCUCAUGCAACUCCUUUGCAACAACCUGACCCUUUGGGCGUCUUCAGACAGUGGUGAGCGUGAAGGGAUUAGCUGCAGAAAGAUGAGGCACAUAAUUGCCGCGCGCAUUCAGUCGACAUAG